GUGUGAAGGAUAUUGACAAUGACAGUGAAGUUCCUAUUGUUUUGUGGUUAUUUUCAUUUUUAAUGUAAAAUGUUCAUUUUUCUCAAAAUUGAGUCGUGAUCAUAAUGUGAUUAUUACGGUUUUGCUUUCUAAAAUAUGAACAGUUCAUAAUUACAACCAUUUAUUUGUUUAUUAAAAUAGAACCAUAAGUUUACUAGUGUUGUCAUAUUUUUGAAUAAACUAUGGAAGAAAUUAAUUCUCUAACUCCAAAUUCAAUGUUGGAAAUUUUAGAAAAUGGGUCAUAUCACCUUACAAAUACUUUUAUAACUACGAGGGAUGUGAUUAAUAAAAUAUCAGAAUUUUCCAACUUCUUCAGUAGUACAGGAAGAAUCGCUCUUAUAAAUGCCGAUCCACAAGAAGCACAAGAACUUGUAUUUUUAUUUUUUAAUCUGAAAAAGAAUAUCAAAUCAGCUAUAUCCGAGCUAGGUAAAGGUUAUAUUAAGAAGGUUCAGACGUUUUUAUGCCCAGAUUGUGAAGAAACAAUAACAAUUGUACCUGGUACUAAUAUUUGGGAUAGUCUUCAAAACCAUGAACAUUUUGAAAGCUUAUUUUCCAAUCUUUUGGCUGGCAAUUUGCAAGUUUUACCUCUACAGAGCGAUUCUUCAGAUGAAAUGGAAUCUGUUCCUCAUAAUAAUAAUUUGCAUAAUGGCAAAAUCAGUAAUGAGCCCACAGAUAGUGGCAUUGAACAGUCAGAAGAGCAGAAUGAAGAUUCAAAUACUCCUGAAGAACUUCCUCUAGGAGAUAACACUUUUAGGUUUAAUUUUAAAUUAAAAUAUGAUCCACUAGUUGAAAGUGUCAUCUACCCUGAUAGUUUUACUUCAAUGAGUAAAUAUGACCAAUGCCCUUUUAUUUGUGUACAGAAAAAUAGCCCCUACAGGGCUAUAUGUCUUUUAUGUUGCUGUGACUUAUUAUCUACUAAAAGGAUUUCCAAAAAACAAUGUUUAGAUCAUGUUUUGGGAAACAGGCAUAUGAGAGCUUCAUGUAAUCCUGUUAAUAUCGAAAAUGUACGUAAUUUCCACGAGGUGUUCUGGAAUUUUGAUGUCCAUUAUCAAGCUCAUCAGGUGUAUUUUCAACCAAAUAAUACUUUAGGACUUCAUUGUAAGCUGUGCAAUGCUCUCAUUCCAAAUCAAUUUGUCAAGGAACAUAUACAGGGUGAUUAUCAUAAGAAUCUUGUUUUGAAAAUGUUUUACCAAAAAUGUUUGGAUUUUUAUCUGUUGGAUGUACAAGUGGGUUGUUACGGGAUUAAAGCAGAUAACCCUGUUGAGUCUCCCAAGAAAGAAAAAAUGGAACGAAAACGUGAAGAAAAAGGUGAGAGAAGACAAAGGACAGCGUCAAAUCCAAGCACUUCUAAAGAUGAGCCCGAAAUUGAGCACAUUAUCAUUCCGUCUCUAACAAUUUCCGGUAAAGACAUCGUGAAAGAUCUGUUACCACAUAGAUUGCAUCCUCAUUCAAAAUAUUUCGAAAAUUAUACAUCGUUCAUAGUUUGUACUCUGUGCAACAUGAAUAUAGGUGUCAACACUAAAUGCUUGAUGAAACAUAUACUGAAUGUACCUCAUUCCCAAUGGGCUGAUGUGAAAUUACCAAAGUUUACUUUUUUUUGUGAAAUAUGCAACACGAGGUUUACCGAUGAUAUUAACUGGGAGAAGCAUUUUACUGGAGGGCCAAACAGACAUUCCAAAAUAUCAAAAAUCCGCGCUAACAAAUUGAGGGAGUUUGAAUGCACAACUUGUAAUACGAUAAUAUAUGGAGAUGAAGUGUCAUUGACUCGACACAGAAACAAGAAUUCUAGAAGAGAAAGAAAAAAUGAACCAAAGCUUUCCGAACUAGUUAAAGAUAUCUUUAAAUCUCGAGAGAGAUUAGAAACGUAUGCAACAUUUUUGGUGGAAGAAGCCAACAACACCGUAACUUGCAUGCAAAGAACGAUGGAAUGUUGUUCAAGGCUAGAAGCGGUGCUAAAGACAAGUCUGGAAGACUGUAAGGCUCAUCCUUUUGGAUCCAGAGUAUCUGGAUUAGGAAAUCGAGAAAGUGACUUAGAUUUAUUCCUAGACACGGGAGAUAUGUAUUUGGGUAGAAAAAAGCAAGACUCCGUAUCGCAAUGUCAAAUUGUGAAGCAAGUAGCGGGAUUAUUGAGAAAGCAUAAGGGAGAAUUUGAAAAAAUACACGAAGUACCGACUGCUAGGACGCCUAUUGUCAAAUUGAAACAUAUCGGGACGCAGUUGGAGUGCGACUUAUCUUUCAAACACGGACUGAGUGUAGAAAAUACUAAAUUUUUAAGGUUAUGUUUGGAUCUGCAGCCAAUUUCUCAACAAUUUAUAUUAGUAUUGAAGAAGUGGUCCGAAAGUAAUAAACUUUCAGAACAUAUAACCACGUAUGCUAUUGCGAUUCUAGCGAUAUUUUAUCUGCAAAUUAAUGGUUAUUUGUUGUCUGUAAAGAAAAUAAGAGAGUUGACUCCCACGCCUGCUCCUGUUAUAGACGGUUGGGAAACUGUAAACAUUACAAAGGAUGCGCAGCAGUUAAUGAAAAACCAUGUUAUUCCAUAUGAGCAUACUCUUCCUAGACUUUUAAAGGACUUUUUUGCAUAUUACGAACAUUUUAACGAUGUAGAAGAUACCGUUUGUCCCUUGUUGGGCCGCACCAUCAAACGUAAAUUAUUCGCAGAACCGAAAUUUUUGCCUCCCGAAAUGGAGUCGUAUGUCAAGCAAUUGAACGGCGCAGAACCGGAGCAGUUUCGGUUCAUGUCUCCGUUUUGUAUUCAAGAUCCGUUCGAUCUCAGUCACAAUUUGACUAAAGCGUGCCAGAUCAGUACGCUGUUGAUGUUUAAAAAACUUUGUCAACAGAGCUGCCAAUGUUUGGAAUCGUUGUAAAGUGACUUUAUUGUUUUAUUUACAUUUAUACAUACCUGUCAGGUUUUCAUGAAUUUUGAUGGCAAAGUUUAAAGCUAGAUUCAUUAAAUGUUGAUAGGUAAAGGAGUUUUUAAUAUUUUAUUACUAUGAUGUUUUAAGUAUGACCUACAUAACCUACCUAAAUAAAUUUUAUUUUAUUCACUUGGUGUUUUUGUUUCCUACCUAUCUGAUUUUUGAAAAUGUAAUGCAUAAAAAAUGAGCUGCAUGUGGAUAUUGUAUGUCCGACUUAUCUCAAUGUAAGCCACUUUGCAGGUGACACUAAGAUUUUUUCUAAUCUAUCAGUACAAAAUGGAUAAUUUGUAUUAUAUCUCAUUGUAUAUCACAGUGAAAGGACCAAUUUUAUGCCCAAACAACAAUUUUAUGUAUUGUUAUGGAAAAGUCUGUCCAACAUACGCCCCUCUCCAUGAAAGAUUCUCCUUUGAGUCGGGUUCAACAAAUAUUGUUGUUCUUUCUUCUCUGCUUGGCUCUUCGUUAUCUUCAUUUUAAACAGUUCUGCACUUCUUACAACUCUUGUCCCUCUUUGAACUGCUAUUUCCAAAUGGCACUUCU